GCCACUUUACCCAAACAACUGCUCCACUCAGAGCUUCACCCUAGUUCCUGUUCUACAGGGGCUUCUGUAGCCACAGCUGAACAAGAAGUUGAGGGAGUUGAUGACAAUCACCAAUUCCUCUAAGAGAUUUUUUGGAAACUUUCAGGAUGGAAUUCUCCAAGGCCUUUGCCUGCUUCUCCCUGGUCCUUCUACUUGAUGUGGGAGAUUCUUUGCCUCAACACAACCCUCAAGUAGCCCAAAUGGUCACAAACUUUGGGAUGAAGGUGUUUCGGGAAGUGGUCCAAACCUCUGGGGAUGGCAAUGUAGUCUUCUCACCAUAUGGAGUAGCCUCAGUUCUGGCUAUGCUGCAACUCACAACUGGAGGGAACACCAGGAAACAGAUCCAAUCAGCAAUGGAAUAUAGCGUUGAAGAACAAGGUCUGGCUCCUGCUCUCCGAAAGCUCUAUAAGGAGCUCAUGGCACCUUGGAACAAAGACGAAUUCAGUACAGCCAAUGCUAUCUUCAUCCAGCGUGAUUUGGAACUUGUCCAGGGUUUUAUGCCGCGUUUCUUUAAAUUAUUCCGGAGCAUGGUCAAGCAGGUGGACUUCACUGAGGGAGAGAGAGCCCGGUUCAUUGUGAAUGACUGGGUACAGAGGCACACAAAAGGCAUGAUUAGUAACUUGCUGCCAGAUGGAGCCAUUGACCAGCUGACCAAAAUGGUGUUUGUCAAUGCACUUUACUUCAAAGGCCAGUGGAAGCUACCUUUUCCAGCCAAGGGAACUCACCAUCGACUCUUCCACAAAUCUGAUGGAAGUACUGUCUUUGUGCCCAUGAUGGCUCAGACCAACAAGUUCAAUUACACUGAGUUCUUGACCCCCAGUGGGCAUUACUAUGACAUUGUGGAACUGCCCUAUCAUGGUGAUACCCUCAGUAUGUUCAUUGCUGCUCCCUAUGAAAAGGAGGUGCCCCUCUCUGCCCUCACCAACAUUUUAGAUGCCCAGCUCAUCAAUCAAUGGAAGGGCAAUAUGACCAAAUUGCCCCGUUUGCUGGUUCUGCCCAAGUUUUCCCUGGAGAGUGAAGCUGACCUGAAAAGGCCUCUGGAGAACUUGGGGAUGAAGGAUAUGUUCAGGCCAGGCCUGGCAGAUUUCACCAGACUUUCUGAUAAAGAAAUACUCUAUGUGUCCCAGGCCUUACAAAAGGUGAAGAUCGAGGUGAAUGAGAGUGGUACUGUGGCCUCCUCAACUACUGCCAUUGUUGUUUCUGCUCGAAUGGCUCCCCAGGAGAUCAUCAUGGACAGGCCCUUCCUCUUUGUUGUUAGGCACAACCCUACAGGAACAAUUCUUUUCAUGGGACAAGUGAUGGAACCCUAAGAGAUAAAACCUUCUGCUUGGGAAAAGGAAUGUUCAUUUGGAACAAACUAAAAAGCAAUAUACCCAAAAAGACCUUCUGAAGAAAUAACUUUUUUUUCGAUUUCUCUUUCAAGAAAAAAAAAAACCACUUUCCCCUUUUAAAAUCUUAUCCUCAGGUCUUAGCCUCUCACACAAGAUUUUGAGUCUUUUUUCCUCCCAUUAAAGGAAGAGACAGACAAUGAAGCAAUUUCCAAGAAAUCCCCAAGGCAGACUGUUAAGACAUGCAGGGUCACUCAGAUACCUACUUCUGUUUAGUCAACCUUCUGCCCCCUUGUUCCCACUAAGACUGAGAAGGAAAAAAACAAGACUUAUGGGAGCUUUAGUGUGCUUGGUAGAAGCAAUUUGCUUCCAAGUCAUGUUGCUUUUACUCUUCCACUGUCUGCCACUGCUGAGGAGACUGGUACCAGACCAGAGGAGGUCAAUAGAAAGAAUAUCAUUUAAUCUUAUUCUAACUGGAUAUCGACCAUCAAUCCCUUCAAAGAAAAGAAGAUUUCUAAGGUUGAGAGAAAAGGUAGCACCAAGACUCACUUUGGCAUAGUACCUUCCCUAGAAAACAGAAUGCAAAGAUUACUUUGGACUCUAAGGGAUUUGUUUACUGAGAGAAACUGAACUUUUGCUCCUCUCCCCUUUUUUGUUUUAGAGGAGAGGAAGAAGAGCCAGAUAAAAAUGAGUGAAUCUUCUCCAGUUUUAUUUUCUGGGGACAGGACAAGGAUAAGCAUAGCAUGUGUGAAUAUUGUAUGUUUACUUAAACCCUGCUCACCUGUGUGUCUGUGGGUGUGGGUGUGGGUGUGGGUAUGUAUAUGUGUGUGUGAGAGAGAGAGAUAUGUCAAGGAAGAUUUAAUAUAUUCAUUUAUUGUUAUUGUUAUUUUGCACUUGUUCUGCUUCUCUGUAAGAGAGAAUAUCAAUGAGGCUCUAUAACCCUAUCACAAUUUACUAAGCUCUUUAGGAAAAAAUAAAAUAAACCCUACUGCCUAUUGUGUAAUGAGGCCUGCAGUGCCACCUUGCGGCACAUAAAUUUAGCCUGUAAUUUCUCAUUUCAGGCUAGGUUAGAAAAGCCUUCAGAUGCUUUAAUUUAUAAUUGGACUCGGAGAGUUAUACAGGUCAGGUCCUUAUAUCUGCCAACCCACCACCAAAGUGGUUAGGUCCUAUCUGUGGAAAUCCAACGGAGGUCAAAUGAGGAGAAAUUAAUUUUUUAUUUUUAAUUGCAUAUUCACUAAUUACAUGGGAUGGAAUAUGGACAUAAUAUGGUAGAAGCUCAAUCAUCCUACUAUGUAUGAGUUCCACACCAAAUUCCAUUAAAUAAAGAGUCCUCCAUUAUCCGUCCUAAUAAUUUUUCAUUAUGCAGUAGAUGGUGAAAGAGAUAUAGAGUACUCAUAUUGAUCUAAAUUUUCUUGAAGCAGUUUGUAUAAAACUAUAUAUCAUUUUUUACGUAAUUUUUAUAUGUAAAUAAAAUAAUUUUUAAAAAAUAAUAAAACACUUAAAAACAGUA